GGGCAGACCGACACUUGCGACAACUUCCGCUGGGAGCCUGCCGAGGACGCUUAUUUGUACUUGCCGAAUUCCAAGAUCAGCUGUACCAUGAACAACCUCACCAUGGAGGUGCGCGAGCCGAAGAAUGUCCCCGAGCUACGCACCAUGAUGCUCCGCCUCGACUCGCAGAACCCGGCAAAGACGCCACAU